AUGUCUGUGCUUGACGCUUUGAAAGGUGUCCUCAAAAUCGCCCUGAUCCACGACGGUCUGGCCCGUGGCUUGCGCGAAGCCUCCAAGGCCCUCGACCGGCGCCAGGCGCACAUGUGCGUGCUCAACGAAGCGUGCGAGGAGGAGGCGUACAAGAAGCUCGUCAUCGCCCUGUGCUCGGAACACAAGAUCCCGCUGAUCAAGGUCCCCGACGGCAAGCUGUUGGGCGAAUGGGCCGGUCUGUGUGUCCUGGACCGCGAGGGCAAUGCCCGCAAGGUCGUCAACUGCUCCUGUGUCGUCGUCAAGGACUGGGGUGAGGAGAGCCAGGAGCGCAACGUCCUGUUGAACUACUUCCAGACUGAGCAGUAG